GCCAACGCGGUUCACAUUCGCACCACAUCCGGAAGCUCUCCGUGACCCCCCAUUUUGCGAUAAGGGCCGUCCCCUUGCGGGAUAUAUCCGCGAUGGCGGUUGGGAUGCGUGUUUCUCGUCUUUCUCGCCAGAGACCGAGUCAUCGGCGCAGGCGGACGACUCGUGUGACUUCGCCCCUCGGUCAGGCGCAGCUCGUGGGCUUGAAUGUCACGAGGAAGAUAGCAAAGGGGUGAGCCUGGAAAUGGGGCUACACCAGAACACAACACAAAUCCAUGCAGCUCUGCAUGGUCUCGUGUGUCCAGGCUCGGAGAGGCUCGUCGUUCCAUCACGGAGUUCUUCUCGACUCUCCCAGACCUCUGUGGCUGUGCGGACGAGCGGUGCAAUCGCCGCCGGGCCUCGGAAUAUGACGAGACGGACGCUGAGUACGAUGACCUCAGACGGGUAUCCUUCAAGCUCCACCGAACCAGACAGCCGUCGCGCUUCUCUCAAGUGGCGGCCACCGAGUGGGAGGAUGACUAUGACGACCAAGAGGACGAUUUCGACAGCUUCGAAGCCGGGAGACGCGAAACACGGUCGCGGUCGUCGAUUGCCCCUUUGCUGCGCGAGAGCGUACUACGCAACAGGAAGCGGUCCCUCGUGCAGAAGUCCAUCCUGAAGAGGCAAGCGGAUCAGGGGCGAGACACGGUGACGAGUCAGCGGCUGAUACAGGCCCCACCCACUAUGUUGGGGAGCGAGACGCGUGGCAGCAGCAGAUACGCACCUCAUGGUGGCGGCGUUGGACUCAAGGAGGGCGCAAACACUGAGAAGAUGCGGCGUGUGGGCGAGGUGGGGGAGAGGGGCAUGAGUAUGAUGAGUGUGACCGAUCACGCGGGGUCGAGAGGCGGCACGAUCGAGAGUUGCGGCGGACCAUCAGGGGCGCAGGGCCACUGAGACGGGCGAAGAGGUCGAAGACCUGACUGAUGAGGUGAGGAGACAGCGCUGGUGUGCACCGAGCGACAUGUGUAUCUAUGUGCAGGCAAGGGCUGCCGCUGGAUUGACGAAAGAGGACUUGGAGGUCUUUCGACGGAAUCCCCCUCGACUGUCCAUCGUCGCUGCAUCAAAUGAAUCGGACGGUAGGUAUGUGGGUGACCCCAGGCAGCUCAGUUGACCACAGGCAUUCCGUCUUUCUGUCUGCACAGAGAGCGAGUUCCCGUACGCCCACUCUGACGCGGAUGAGGAGUACGUGCCGACCGACCCGGAUAUUUCGCCCAAGUCGCGGUACCUACCUGUGGACACCAACGUAGCCACGAGCCUGGGAGUGCACCACGCACGACCUGACGAAGCCAGAGCCGGCGUGAGCAAAGCACUGCCUGCAGCAGGACGUCUUAGCCAGCGUGUGUUGGCUACUCUCUCCAUGUAUGGGAUGGGUGGUAUGGUAUGGUAUUCUGUUGGUUGGUUUGCAGAAGCGUUCGUCUGCCAUCCGGCGUGAGAAGGUUAAGUCCGUGGCCAAGAACCUACAAGGUAGAGAACCUGACAAAUAAUGCCACACCCGCUGUGUCUGUCUACCUUGAUGCACCCCUCCCAUGCAGGCUACCUGGAGAAGCCUCGCGCGCAGAAGUCGAUGCCACUCAACCUGGGCUGGAUGACGCGUAAGUUGCAAACAGGGGACAUCUGUCGGCGUUCAGCCCACCUUGCUCUAUGCCCUUCCUGUCUGUUUUCGUUGGGCAGAGUCGCUUCCGUGUGCGCGUCGUUUCUACCAUGUGACGCCUGAUGGUCAUCUGUUGACGUGGUACAACUCACAUCAGGCCGCCACUGAGGGCAAGAAGGACCCCAAUGGCGCCAUUCCACUCUCAUCGGUGAGCUAUCGAGCCAACGAGCCAACGAACGAGAGAGACAGAGGCAGCCGAGCAAGAGAGCCAUGGAGACAUGGGGCGGAAGGAUUGUGGGCUGUUUAAAUGAGUGUGUCAUGCAGGUGUUGGCGGUUCGCGUGACGGGCUCUCACGACAAUCACUUCAAGAUAUUCUGCAGACUCGGCACAGAAGAGACGUGGGCGAAUGCCAAGAAGCAUUCCCUCAGCUCUCUCUGCUCGAUUUGGGGGGGCAGGUUUGCGAUAUGAGUAUGUCGUGUCUCUGUGUGUCUACACUUCAGGGCGAAGGUGUACAAGUGCGACACGGACGGUGAGCGUCAGAUGUGGGUCAACGGCCUGAAUGAACUCAUACAGCUGCACAAAGACCAGGGGACCGCAUAACGACAGACACGAGCUGGUGCUGAUCUAGAUAAGAGGUUGGCUGUGCUGGCUGAUUGCAGCAAAAGGAUAUGUAGGACAUUCAUAAUAAUUCCGUAUGUGUGUGUGUGGAGUGGAGUGGACCC